AUGAAGAUCUGGAGCACGGAACACAUAUUCAGUUACCCAUGGGAGACAGUGAUCAAAGCUGCCAUGAGGAAAUAUCCAAACCCCAUGAACCCCAGUGUUGUGGGGGUGGAUGUUUUGGACAGGAAUUUAGACACAAAUGGUCGUCUUCAUAGUCAUCGCCUGCUCAGUACUGAAUGGGGCCUACCAGGCAUUGUCAGAGCGAUUUUGGGGACCAAUCGAACUAUCACCUACGUGAAAGAACACUCCAUUGUGGAUCCCACAGAAAAGAAAAUGGAACUUUGCUCAACCAAUAUAACUCUCACUAAUUUAGUGUCUGUUGAUGAGAGACUUGUAUACAGACCCCAUCCAGAAAACCCAGAUGUCACUAUUCUUACCCAAGAGGCGAUCAUCACAGUAAAGGGAGUGAGUCUAAGCAGCUAUCUGGAAGGUCUGAUGGCCAUUAGCAUGUCAGCUAAUGCACGAAAGGGAUGGGAUGCUAUUGAGUGGAUCAUUCAAAACUCUGAAAGGGAGAACAUUCUCCCUUUGUGA